AUGGAUGUCGGCAAAUUGUUCAAGCUCAUGGAGCAGUUGCCGUCGGUGCCGGCCUCGGCAUUGAACAAGCGCAAAUGGGGCGCACCGCCACCAGGUGCACCCAGUGCGACCGUGGAAGAGGUGGUGGAUGAGGACGUGAGUGCCGCGGCGUCGAAGCGCACACGUGUCACAGAGGUCGACGACGAGGAGGAGGAGGGCCCGAUGCCCCCGGACGUCGACGAGGACGACGAAGAUGAAGAAGGCGGCCGCUUCUUUGGAGGUGGUCUGAACGAUGAGCAAAAACAGAUUUUGGAGAUUAUGCAUCGAUCUACUUCAGACGGUGCAGAGGAGUCGCGCGAUGAGGUGGCUGAUACGCGCAAGAUGCUCUUGCAACUGGAGCGUGCGAUUUCCAAGAAUCAAGAGAUGCGGCUGAAGCAUGCAGAUGACCCGUCGCGGUUCAUUGAGUCGGAGGCCGAUCUCGAUGCGGCGCUGCGCGAGUUGGUCCUCCUCACUACGAAUGUCCCAGCGCUGUACCCUGAAUUCAUCAAGCAUGGCACGGCCGCUAGUGUUGUGGGUCUGCUAGCGCAUGAAAAUGUGGACAUUGCCGCGGCGGCUAUUACGGUGCUCGAAGAGUUGACGGACGAUGAUGUGCUAGACACGACGAGCGAUGAGAAGAGCGCCGCUGUGAUGCAGCAGUUGGUCGAUACACUGUGUGCCAGCCAGGUGGUGGAGCUCCUCGUGUCCAAUCUGUCGCGAUUGCAUGAUGUGCUUCCGGCCGACGAGACGGAUGUCAAGGCGCUCGCGCACUAUGCUAGUGAUAUGGAAGCGGUGUACCAUACCCUCAGUGUGCUAGAAAACUUGGUCUCGCUACGCCCAGCGCUAGCUGCGUCUCUCGGCCCAACGACGUCGCUUGUGCCGUGGCUACUUCGCCGCAUCCUUCAGCCUGGCCGCUUUGACCAGAACAAGGCGUACGCGGGGGAAUUGCUCUCGAUUCUUCUGCAAGAUACCAUGUCGAAUCGCGAGACGCUAGGCGAAAAGGACGGUGUCGAUGUGCUGCUGCAAGUCAUGGCGCGCUACCGCGCGGCCGAUCCAAGCGACGCGGAAGAAGUGGAGUUUGUGGAGAACAUCAUGGAUGCGAUGUGCCUCGCGUUGUUGGCGCCAGGGAACCGCCAACGCUUUUUGGACGCGGAGGGCGUGGAAUUGAUGAUUCGGCUGCUCAAAGCCAAGCGACAUGCGCGGGCAGGUGCGCUGAAAGUGUUGGACCAUGCGCUGAGUGGAGCAGAAGGUGGUCUGCUAUGCGAGCGGUUUGUGGACACGCUGGGCCUCAAAGCGCUGUGCCCCCUGUUGAUGCGGCCGCUGCAAGGCAAAGGCGCGUUGCGGCCGGCCGAUCGCGAGCGGAUCCUGGCGAUCUUUGCCGCGCUCUUUCACAACUUGGACUCGGACAGUGCGGAGCGGAUCCGCGUGCUGGCCAAGUUUGUCGAGCAGAACUAUACCAAGACGGACCAGCUGCUCGAGUGGCGCGCUAUUGCCGUGGCGCGUCUGCAGGCCAGGGAGGCAAGCGUGGCGGAAGAGCGUGCGGUCCUCACGGCGCAAGGGGUCGAAGAGGCGGAUAUCGUGGCAUUGGUCUAUGGCCAGCGCCUGGAGGCGGGACUGUACACGCUGCAGCUCAUUGACUACCUUCUUGCGUGGCUCGCCAUGGAAGACGACGGUGUGCAGGCGCAUGUGGCACGUAUGCUCACGCGGCAAGGCACAGGAUGGGAGGCGAUCGUAGUGACACUCGACGAGUACGCUGCGAAUAUCGACACGGACCUACACGCGGCGGGGGGGGAUCGUCUUCAAGAUAUUAUUCACGCGCUGCGCGACUAUGUACAGGCGCUUUCGCCUCGUUGUGCACCGACAUGA